AUUAUUUGCUUACUCGCUGUUUGCUACAAAAGUAUUAGUUAUAUAAAAUGCAUAUUUAUUUUGUUAAUUCUGCUGAAUAGCCGUGUUCAUGUAGCUUAUUUAAAGUUGACUCGGAGAGUAGAUUAAUCUUAUUUCUGCAGUAUGUGUGAUAAAAAAUUCCCUCAGAAAUUCUACUUAAAAGAACAAUCUUCUGUUCAUACUGUUAAUAAACCUUAUCCAUGCAGUGAGAGUGAUAAAUCUAGUUUAAAUAAGCACUUUGAUAUGUAUAGUGGAGAAACGAAUUAUUUAUGCAGUGUGUGCGAUAAAAAAUUCGCUAGUAAAAGUUCUUUAAAACAGCAUUAUCUUAUUCAUACUGGAGAGAAACCAUACAAAUGUAGUUUGUGUGACAAAUCUUUUUCUCGCAAAGGUUUGUUAAAAAAGCACACUCUUGUUCAUACUGGAAAAAAACCUUUUCCUUGCCAUGUAUGUGACAAAACAUUCCUACAUAAAACUAGUUUAACAAAUCAUAUUCUUAUUCAUACUGGAGAAAAUCCGUUUUCUUGCCAUGUGUGUGAUAAAUCUUUCUUUGAUCAAUAUACUUUAAAUAAACAUUUUGUAAUUCAUAGUGGAGAAAAGAAUUAUUUAUGCAGUGUGUGUGAUAAAACGUUCGCCCGUAAAAGUUAUUUAAAUCAACACUAUCUUGUCCAUACUGGAGAGAAAGCAUACUCAUGUAGUUGGUGUGACAAAUCUUUUUCUCGCAAAGCUUUGCUAAAAAGACACAUUCCUGUUCAUACUGGAGAAAAACCUUUUUCUUGCGAUGUAUGUGACAAAACAUUCUUACAUAAAAUUAGUUUGACAAGUCAUUUCCAUAUUCAUACUGGAGAAAAACCUUACUCGUGUAGUGUCUGUCAUAAAUCUUUCACUCAUCGAAGAAGUUUAGAUCGUCACUCUCUUGUUCAUACGGAUGAAAGGCCUUAUUCAUGUAGUGUGUGCGAUAAAUCUUACAAGAGUAAAGAUCAUUUAAAUAAUCAUAGUCUUGUUCAUACAGGUGAAAAACCUCAUUCAUGUAACAUAUGUGGUAAAGCUUUCGCACAGAAAUAUAAAUUAAAUCAACACUAUCGUAUACAUAGCAAUCAUGGCACAGAAAUAAAUCAUUCGCGCAGAACCAAAACUGUCUUAAAAAGACGCUCUCUGCGUCCUACUGAAAAAGAAUCAUACAAGUGCACUGUCUGUGACAAAUCUUUUGUAUACAAAUCUAGUUUAAAAGAACAUCAUUUUAUACAUACUGGAGAAAGACCUUAUUUGUGUGAUGUAUGCAAUAAAUCUUUCAGACACAAAGCUAGUUUACAGACACACUAUCUCAUGCAUGCGGGAAAGAAACGUCAUUUUUGUGAUUUGUGUGGUAAAACAUUCUUAUUAAAGGGUAAUUUAAAAACACAUUAUCUUGUGCAUAGUGGAGAAAAAAAUUAUUCAUGCAAUGUAUGUGGUAAAGCAUUUUCACAGAAAACUCAUUUAGAUGGACAUUUGCGGGUACAUACUCAAGAAAAACCUUAUACGUGCAGUAUGUGUGAUAAAUCUUUCACGCUCAGAUCUAGUUUAAAUAAACACUAUCUUAUUCAUACUGGAGAGAAUCUUUAUGUGUGAUAAAUCCUUCAGGUAUAAAGUUAGUUUAAAUAAACACUGUCUCAUUCAUGCUAUAGAGAAACCUUAUUAAUUCAUUUUGUGCAACAGAACAUUCUCAAAAAAAGUUAUUUUAAAUAAUGAGCUCAUUUAUAUUGUAAUAAAGCUUUAUUUAUGCAA